GUUUCUUUUAACCUUUAACUAAAAUCCUAAUUUCUUUAAAAUUAGUGUUUCAGGAUCAAUUGGGAAGGUUGAUGUCAGGAACUAAGGACAAGAUUCUUGUCUGGUUUUAAUAGCAUCAGUUUGAAUAGAGGUAAUAGUUAUGUCCAAAUGCUUUCUUUUUGCUAUAGCAAUAGUCAGAACUUCAGGUAAUUAAGUUCAGCCUCUUUCUGAUAUGAAGCUUGUUGGAAAUCAUUGAAAGCUAUUGCAAACCAGUAAUUUCUCAAAUAAGCUGCAAUUUAAGUAUCCCUAAAACAAAACCAUUAAGUGCUUUUGGCAAAUUCUUUAGUCUCCUUGCAGUCACCAUAAUUUAAUUCCUAAAGCUUUUGUGUUGCGGAGGAAAAAGUUGUGGGAUUGCUGCAAGAUCUGGUUUUUGCAUGUCACAGGAAUGCUUUAAACUGUGCUCUUCUCCACUCAGAUGGCCAAGAUGCUUAGUUCCUGUUGUUUUUCAAGGUGACCCUUUUUGCUUGAGUAGCUCCCAAACCUGUACCCUAAAUCCUGUGUUUAUCUCUGGCUUGCAUCUGCUCGCCGUUCUUCUACUUGAGACAUUGCACUCAUUUGCUUUAAAUUCGAGGCUCUCCCUGUGUGUUGGUGCCUGCCCAGACCCAUCUUGGGAUGGGUGUUUUGCUGUUGCCAUGAUGUUUGAGCUGCUCAGGUGACAGUGCAUAGCCUGGUGCUGCUGUUUUUGUGGAGUGGCUCUUGCUAGAGCAGUGCCAGUUGCAAGGGAAGCUGGAAGGCUGUCCUUGCUCAGAGGAGGAAGCCACAACCUUCAGAUUUGAAAUGAUGACAUCAAGGAGCUUUUGGUGCUCUCUUGUAUUUCUGGGGGUCUUCCCGCUGGUCACAAGGGAAUGGAUGGAUGUGGACCAGAGCAGAAGCCUGUAUUCAGAUGCAGGGAGGUUGCAUCAACAGGACUCCAGAAGGCUUGAAGUUACAAGAAGAAAAGUGCUCUAUGGGCAGGACGGGCUGCACGCAUCCUGUGAGAAGAAGUACUGCGGCCAGGGCAGCAUGUGUGUGCUGAACAGGGACACGAACCAGCCCGAGUGCAGGUGUGUCGAGGAUUGCAAGUCCAACUACAUGCCCAUCUGUGGAUCUGAUGGCAGGUUCUAUGAAAAUCACUGUCAGCUGCAUCGAGCCUCGUGUCUUCAGAGGAAGAAAAUCUACAUUAUCCACAGCAAGGACUGUUUCUUCAAAGGUGACACCUGCACAAUGGCAGACUACAGCCAGCUCAAGAGCAUCCUGCUGGACUGGCAGGCUCGCCGGCAGAGCCCGCCGAGCAGCCUGGCCAAGGACAGAGCAGCCCAGAAGCGCUUCCUAAUUGAAGAGCUGUUUAAGCACUUGGAUUUGAACAGUGAUGGGCAUCUCAGCAGCUCUGAACUGGCUCAGCUAACGAAGAAGGAGGACCUGGAAGAUGAUUUACUGGGUUGUACACUUGAGGACCUUCUCCAGUUUGAUGAUUACAAUAACGAUGGCCGUCUGACCCUGCAGGAGCUCUACACAGCCUUCCAGGUGGUUCAGCUGAGCCUGCCAGAGGAGCAGAGGGUCAGUGUGACCACCAUCACCGUUGGCCUUAGCGCUGUCCUGACCUGCAGCAUCCAUGGGGCACUGCGGCCUCCCAUCAUUUGGAAACGCAACGGCAUCAUCCUCAACUUCCUCGACUUGGAGGACAUCAACGAUUUUGGAGAAGAUGAUUCUCUCUACAUCACCAAGGUAACAACUAUUCACAUGGGCAAUUACACCUGUCACGCCUACGGCUAUGAAGAGCUGUAUCAGACCCACAUCCUUCAGGUGAAUGUGCCUCCAGUGAUUCGUGUCUACCCCGAAACGCAGGCACAGGAGCCAGGCGUGUCAGCAAGCCUGAAAUGUCACGCUGAAGGCAUCCCUAAUCCUCGAAUUACCUGGCUAAAGAAUGGCAUUGAUAUCUUGCCAAAGCUAUCCAAACAACUAUCGCUCCUCGCAAACGGAAGUGAACUUCAUAUCAGUAGCGUUCGUUAUGAAGACACUGGUGCCUACACCUGCAUUGCUAAAAACGAGGUGGGAGUGGACGAGGACAUAUCUUCCCUUUUCAUCGAAGAUUCAGCAAGAAAGACCCUUGCAAACAUACUGUGGCGAGAGGAAGGCCUGAGUGUUGGGAAUAUGUUCUAUGUCUUUUCUGAUGAUGGGAUCACAGUCCUUCAGCCAAACGAAUGUGAAAUCCGGAGACAUAUCAGGCCUGAAGAGAGGAUUUUCACAAGUUAUGAGGAGAUCUGUCCUAGAGUGGAAGGUGAAGACACUCAGUCCUGCCUCUGGGCUUCAGCAGUCAAUGUCAGAGACAAGUACAUUUAUGUGACACAGCCAAAGCAGAACAGAGUAAUGAUAAUUGAUAUUGAGACUCAAAAAGCAAUACAGUUCUUGGAUGUGGACCCAUUACCAACCAAAUUACAUUAUGACAAGUCCCAUGACCAAGUGUGGGUGCUCAGCUGGGGGGACAUGAGGCAAUCAUCACCCACACUGCAGGUAAUUCCAGAGGCAAGCGCUGGAGAGGAUCCGCAUGUUAUCCACACACCUUUUGAAGGAGUAGAUGAUUUUUUUAUACCACCUACAAAUCUUAUUAUUAAUCAUGUUAGGUUUGGCUUCAUUUUUAACCAGUCAAAACACGUGGUUCACAAGAUUGACCUGGAAACUGUGACCCACAUCAAGACCAUCAACCUCAAGGCCUACAGCUGCGUGCCUCAGGCCAUGGCAUACACGCACCUGGGUGGCUACUACUUUGUGCAGUGCAGGAGGAAGCCCUCGGCAGCCACAUCGCUUCAGCUCAUCAUCGACAGUGUCAGCGAUGCCAUCAUUGGCCCCAACGGCGACGUGUCAGGCACGCCGCACGUGUCCCCUGACGGGCGGUACCUGAUCAGUGUGGACCAAGGCAGUGGCAGGAUCAGAGUCCAGGCUCUAACUGUCCAAGGGGAAAUCAAGUCGAUGUAUGACUUAAAAACAAACAUACACGUAUCUGAUCUGACAUUUCAACCCUCUUUCACUGAAGGCAAUCAGUACUAUAUAUAUGCUACUUCACAUUUGCAAACAGAUGUGCUUUUUGUAGAGCUGUCAACAGGGAGAAUGAAUGUACUGAAGAAUUUAAAGGACCCUAUCACAUCCAAAGACUGGCCCUGGAGCAGCUACAACAGAAUUAUGAAAGACAGUGGAUUAUUUGGACAGUAUCUCAUUACACCAGCUAAAGAUUCCUUGUUUGUUAUAAAUGGAAGGCAAAAUACAUUACACUGUGAGGUUUCAGGUAUAAGGAGGGGUAACACAGUGGUCUGGGUUGGGGAGGUAUGAAAGGGCAGUAGCAGUGGAGUCUUCAACAGGCAAGGAGCAGUUGGACCUUUACACUGCAGGAAAUGAGCACUAGCACUGUAUAUUUUUACACUGGGAAAACAAAAAGACAAAAAAAUGCUGUAUAGGCUUCAUGGUACAACACUGGUCUACUUGCAAGUUUUAUAAUAUAAGGUAUGCUCUGCUAAUAGGAAGUGGUUUUGAAAGGAUAUUUUUAUUUAUGGGUAUGAUUUGUGGUUAUGAGAAAAAUGUUGGGAAACAAAUAUCUCCACUGAGAUAUCACACAAGUCACGAAACCUAACAAUUCUGUAGAACAAAGCAGAUUUAGACUUUCCAUACUGAGGAGCUUUUAUGUUAUGUCCAAGCAUCAAUUUUCUUCCCUGCAUCCCUUGCCUGAUGGUUGUACUGACUACUCCACCCCAGCACAGGGAGACGGCAGCAGCGAGAACUAUUCAACUUUGAAUAUUCAUUCCCCUUUGGAUGAUGAGACAAAGUAAACAACAGUUUACUGAGCAGUUUUCAACCCAGAGAAACCUAGUAGAGUGGUUUAAUGAAAACUGAUCAGUUUUCUCUGCAGGAUGGCUUUGAGAGGAGUCGGUGAUGUGAUUUCAGAAGGAGGCAUCACAGAAAUAGUAACUGUCAGCUCCCUUGCUUCUGUGCUUCAUUUUGCUCUUGGUCCUACUGAAGGCAAUGGGAUGAGUCCCCCCUCUUCCAGUGCAUAUGUGUGUGAUUGUUUUUGAGAAAUUUGCCAUGAAAUAUCCAGGCCAUUACCCAUCCAAGCCUGGGAAAAAGCCGAAAAAUACUAACAGGGGGGUCAGAGUUUAUGUAAACAAUUUUGUUGAGAAGGCAGCAUGAGUCUUUCAACAGCUCAUGAGUGUGGUCAGUUCGGAACAAUAUGCAAAAUCUACUCUUUGCAGGCAGAGAAUUAGUUAUGGCUAUUCCCAUACGAGACAAAAACACUUCUAGAAAUCAUUGGUUUCUCUCAUUAAAUAUUUAGGAGCACUGGAAUCACUUGAUUCUUCAUAAAAUAACAGUUAAAAUAACAGAGGUUAUUUUUAAUAGAAAACUCACUCAUUUUCUAGUCAUAGCCUUAAUUUGCCUAUUUCUUUUCAGAACAACCAGGAAACAAUUUUUCUUUGUGUUUUUUUCUUUAAUGUUUAUAGUAUACUUGUUUAUAGUCAAUUAUCUUUUAGUUAUGAGCAAAGACAUUAAUGUAAAAGCAGUGAAUUAUCCAAGAAUGCCACAGCUGGCAUUGAGAAAUUUCAGUCAAGUUCCCAUAAAAACAUACAGCCAUUUACUUGCACACUUCGAAGACAUAAAAAACUUUUAUGUUUGCAUUUUUUCUAACUUUCUAUAUCCAUCGCCGUGAAAACAGCUGUGGCAGCAGAGCCAGGCAAGAAGUGGUGCCAUGCAAGCAGCUGUAACCAUCACUUGGAAAAUGGGAUCUUCAGGUGGGUGAAACCUCUCUGCAGGUAAAUAUCAGUAGCAAUGGAGCCACCCAUUGGCCUCUGGAAAGACCCAGCUUGGUUUGUCGAGGACCUUGUUGCCCAGAGCCUGUAGAAAGCUGACCUUGAACACGUGCAGUGAUAGAUAGUGGUGUCAGAAUUAUUUCCCUCCACAGAUGCUUUAAGUCACCCAUUCCACAACACAUACAGAGGGAUUUUAAGCAAGAAGGAUACAGAAUAACACUGGCAACCUUUGCUUCAAAUGUUUAACUUUAUCAGAAGAGCAGCAUUUUAGCAGGGCUGUAGACCUGCGGUAUUUUACAGCAUUUCAGUUCUAUAUAAAAUCAGUUCCAACAGACAAAGAAAGGGAGAUUAAUCCUAUGAAUUCAUUAAACAUUAAGUCCUUGAAAUUGUCCUUCAACACCUAUAUGCUGGAUCCUACAUUUCUUUCACUUAUGACCCAUAGGGGUUAGAAGAGACUCUUCCAUCAUUGCAACACAGACAUGUGAAACAGAUGGGCAUAGCCUUUCUUUAGCAAUGCAUGGUGUCCAUGAUUCUGUACUCAUCCCAUUAGGAAAGAUAUCCGUUGAUAAAGAAAGGAGAAGACCAGCUUUGUAAGCACCUUUAAAUAUGCACAGCUCCUUUCUUGAGCAAAGCUGUAUCCAUUCAUUGCAGCCAUCCUAAAGGUAUUUUACCAAGGCCAAACACUGCUCUCAUGUUACCUUUAUGACUUCUUGAGUAUUUUAUUAUGCCUGUGUUAAGUUUUCCCUGUAGAGACAUUCAUUGUGUCAUAGAUCAAGCAAAUACUACUUUUUUAAGAAUAUUAAAAAAAUCAAACAAACAACUGUAUAUAUAUGUUCAGGUAAAUAUUCUUGAGGCUGGUUUAUAUAUAGGCUGUGAAAGAUAUGUAACAGACCUCACUUUUUCCUGUUUGUUGCAAAGUAUUGGAAUAGCAUUCCCUUGAAAAAAUCCCACUUGGACCUUCCAAAGAUGUUCCCUUUGUUCCCUCUCCAGCCCAAGUUCUAGUGAUGUUUUUCUAAAGUAUCCUAAUGGUUAUAUAUCAUACUUAGAAAAUGAAGUAUAAUUUAGAUUGUCCACAUUACUUGUGAACAGUUCCAAUGACAGUCAAAUCUGACAUUAAAGUGCUGCACAUUUGUUACUCUUUUUUUUUUUAUGACAGAAAUUUUAUAUCUACUCAAAAAAAUGUUUCAACUCAUAUUUGCCUUUCAACUAUGCCGAAAAGAGACUACACUUCCUUGUGGGCAAUUUCUUUCACUAUCAUUUUGGUUCACCAAUUCACACUUAAUUCCUAGUUGCUAAAUUAUUAAUUAAUCGUGGUAAUUAAUCUAAGUUGAAUUAAUGACCUUUUCAUUAUACUACACAGUCGUAUGUCAGUAGGAUGUUCUGACACUGGAAUCAUGGGAAAAACAACCCUUGGUUGCCACUAAGACUCCCAUUACAAGAUCAGAUUUGCCUUUCAUCACUGAGGUUAAACAGCAGUAUGAUAGAAAUGCUGUUUUGUAUUAGUAUUUCCCUCAAUAUUUUCACUUUCUGAAUGGAAGUGCCUGUUCAGAAACCAUCCACUUUUAAACUGAAAGCAAGACUCCCAAUUCCCUUAUUUGGAAUCUGUGACGGUAAACAUAUUCUUAUCAUUUCUUUUUUUUUUUUUUUUUAUAUCACUAAAGAAAAUCAACAAAAGUACCACAAUAUUUUGAUGGGCUUGUCUGUAGAGUGGGAGUGGGGGAUGGGAACUGGCAGGCUAGGUUGGUCCCCCCUGCAAAGGAGAAUUCAUGAAGGGCUAUUGAAAACCACUCUGCCUUGAAGGCCUGGGGUUGCUACACUGACCUCCAUGAACACAGCUUUGCCCAAAAGGAACACCAGUCCUGGUGACCUGUUGACAUGUACUUAUUUACUUGAUUUAUACCAUGAUUGAGUCUUAAUUGCCAGAGUGCCUGGUAGUGCACUGGAUGCUAUGUAAAAUGGAUAAAACAGGUCAAGAUCUCAAUCUGUAAGGAGAUAAUGGCUAAUGCUCUGUAUGACCCUACAGCAGGUCAACAAAAUGAACAGGAACACAGGAAUAGAGACUGGGGAGAUGUGUACAGUAACCUAUUAUUCAUAACAGUAACCUGCUAUUCAUAAGAGAUGUGGGCAUGCCAUAAUGCCUUUGUAUUUUUUUUCCCUAAGACCAUCUUUUUCCCUCCUUGUACAAGGCUUUGUGACUGUCUCUCAGGUUACAGGUAUAGCUGCCAUCCUUCACUGACCCCCCCACCAGGACCCAAGGAUUUCCCAAUCUGCUAUGUACCCUUAUGACUCACCACCUCACUCUCCAGUAAUUACUUUCUUAGAAGACCUGAGGGUAAAUCCUGCAUUUUUAAACAAAGUGCAUUAUGUAAGGCAAUCAACAGCACUGGCUUUCUGUAUUGGAUUCCUCUCUGGAACCAGCAUCAAUCACCUGCCUCACUCCUUUGCACAUUUUCUCAUGGGACAACAACAAUCACAAAAAAGCCCCUAUAGUAUGGUUAAGUUAUGGGAAAGAGUGAUCAAUCUUACAAUUGGCUCUUCCCACACUGCUAUUUGCUCACUAGGCUCAUUUCCCCCAGCCUGGCAAGCUCCCCUCCAACCUACAGAAGUUCAUCUCCUCUGCCAGUCAUGGGCUACCACAACAUGUAGCUGCUGUUUCUAGAGUUAAUUAUCAGGUAAUGGUUUGAGUUGGAGGAGACUUUAGGCUCAUCUUGUUCCAAGCCCUGCCAUGGGCAGGGACACAGGUUGCUCCAAGUCCCAUCCAGUCUGGCCUUGAACACUGACAGGGAUGGAAUAUCCACAGUCCACAUUUCACACCUCCUUUCCUCUUUGUGCACCUGUGCACAAGGUGCUUCAGACAUGAUGUGGGCACACUUCCCGCCCAUCACUGAGCUGUCCCACUCACUUGGCUGCUGCCAACCUCCCCAACCACUUCUGCAGAAAGGGAUUUUUAUUUCUAUUCUUUCCCUUGUUAACUUUUUGAAGUAGACUGAAAUAAAACACAGGAAAAUCUCUCCAUCUGGA